AGUGCCUAGACUGUGCCGAUCCAUGGUUCAACAAUGACUUCAUUCAUUGUGCCAAUCAUUGCGGGAAUGCCGAACCUUAUCUUGAUCAGACCAUGUCCCCGACAAAUUGCAUCACGGAUAUGAACGCGUUCGGAAGCCAGUGUCUCCAUAUUGCUGAUAUAAAUCCAGGAUCUGGUGUACUCAGCUUCGGACGCAUAUGCCCUAUUAUUCUCAAGGCACCAAAGUUAGACCGCUUCAUAGAUCUGUUAUUGUUCACUACAGCAUCCCAACAUGUUCGAAAGCAUUGUCACUCCACAGCUACAUAAUAGACAGCCUCAGAUCCCGGCCCGAGCUGUCCCCGCACCACUCGUUGCAACAAAUAUCAUCGACAUCCGGACCGACAAGUCAGAGAACCAGCUACGUCAGUCCCUCGAGGAUUGCAUCCAUGAUGCAUGUCACGGAGAGGCCGCCAUGCCCGAGCUACUGCUCUGGGACGAGAAAGGUCUUCGAUACUUCGAAGAUGUAACCUACGCUCCAUCCUACUAUCUCACAAGCGAGGAAAUUGGUCUCCUCGAGAAAUACAAAUACCAAAUUGCCAAGAACAUCCCAUCAGGAAGCAUGCUAGUCGAAUUAGGGAGCGGCAACCUCCGUAAAGUCAAAAUCCUCCUAAACGCCCUCGAUGAACUCGGUCGAGAAGUAGAUUACUUCGCACUGGACGUCUCCUUCCAAGAGCUUGAACGAACCCUCGGCGUGGUGCCCCCUGGUACAUUCAGCCACGUGCGCUGCUUCGGACUCUUGGGAACCUACGAUGAUGGGCGGGAAUGGAUGCAGCUCCCUGAGAUUCGAUCACGAUCGAAAACAAUCAUCUCCCUGGGUUCAACACUAGGCAGCUUCCAGCGUCCCGAUGCCGCGGACUUUCUAGCCAGCUUUGUCGGCAAAGCGUCCGGAAGGAACACAUCUCUCUUGCUUGGAUUAGACGGAUGUAAAGAUCCAGAACGAGUGCUGGCCGCUUAUAAUGAUCCGGAGGGUGUGAAUCGUCGGUUCAUCAAACACGGGCUUGAACGGGCCAAUGAUAUCCUGGGAUAUGAGGCAUUUGAUCUUGAGAAGUGGAGUGUUACCGGUCGAUGGGAUGCAGAGCAUGGGAGUCAUAAUCAGUAUUAUUUGCCCUCUGGCGAGGUGGCUCUAGGUGGAGCGAUUGUCCCGGCUGGGAGAAGUAUCUUGGCGGUGCAGAGUCAUAAGUAUGAUGCCGAUGACAGGGAUGCGUUGUGUCAGAGAGCUGGAUUGGAUGCUGUUGAUGCGUGGGCCUCGGAGGAGAAUUAUAAUUUGCUUUUCUUGCGGAGUCUAUAGAACUAACGGACAUGACUAUGAUUUGAACACCGCAGGUGGCAGAAUCGCCAUUGUUAUAAUGGGUUUGAUUUCAAAAGGUUUUUUUAAGAGAGAGACAGGGGCUCAUUGGGAAAUGAUAAACUUUAUAAUCAUAAUUCUCUAGUUUAUUGGGAAGUGGUACAAUUCGAUGUCAAUGCAUUUCGUGUAUCACAUCGCCGUAUCUUCUCUCCAGGAUUCCUAUUUUUCACAAUUCACGUUAAUAUGUCACUGGAAUUAUAUAACCACAGUCGAACGAUGAGUCCU